CUCCAGGAGCAGCAGCAGGAGAUCGAGAGCAUGAUGAACGCCGUGUUCAAGGGCGUCUUCGUUCACCGCUACAGGGACAUCGUCCCCGAGAUCCGCGCGCUGUGCAUGGAGGAGCUGGGGACGUGGAUGCGCAGCUACGCCGCCUCCUUCCUCACCGACGGGCACCUCAAGUACAUCGGCUGGACGCUGCACGACAAGCAGCGGGACGUGCGGCUGCAGUGCGUGAAGGCGCUGCAGGGGCUGUACGGGCGGAGGGACACGGCGGCGCACAUGGAGCUGUUCACCAGCAGGUUCAAGAUGCGCAUGGUGUCCAUGGUGCUCGACAAGGAGCCCGAGGUGGCCGUGGAGGUGGUGAAGCUGCUGACGGUGAUGCUGGACACCAUGGAGGACGCGCUGAGCGAGGACGAUUGUCACAGCGUCUACCCCGUGGUGUUCGUGGCCAACCGGGCGCUGGCGGCGGCCGCCGGGCGCUUCCUGUACCGCAGGCUCCUGGACCCCCAACGGGACCCCGACCGCGUCCCCUCUCGUGACGGUGACAACAGGACGUUCUUCCAGCGCCUUAUGUCCUUUUUCAUCGAGAGUGAGCUCCACGAACACGCGGCCUAUCUGGUGGACAGUCUGUGGGACUGCGCGGGGCCCCGGCUGCGCGACUGGGACACCAUGGGGGCCAUGCUGCUGGAGGAGGGCCUGCAGGACCGGCAGGAGAAGGCGCUGGUGGAGAUCCUGGCGGCCAGCACGGCCCAGGCGGCCCAGGGCCACCCCCCGGUGGGACGGGGACCCCCCCGAAAGCCCCUGGCCCGGGAGCGCCGGGCGCAGGCGGACGAACGGACGCGCUUGACGCACGCGCUGGCGCCGGCGCUGCCGCAGCUGCUGGCCAAGUUCUCGGCCGACGCGGAGAAGGCGGCUCCGCUGCUGGACGUGCUGCGCUGCUUCGACCUGGGCGUCUACUGCACCGGCCGCAUGGAGAAGCACCUGGAGCUGGUGCUGGCGCAGCUGCGGGAGGUGACGGAGAAGCACACGGCGCCCGCGGUGCUGGAGGCCGCGUCCCGGGCGCUGCACGCGCUCUGCGCCCCCGAGCUGGCCCUGCGCGCCCACGGGGACCUGCUGCGCAGCCGCAUGGCCGACCAGCUGGCCGACAAGUGUCACCGCGACGUCACCGACCUGCUCCAGGCCGCGGCGCUGGACGAGGACGAGCUGUACAGCGCGGCAGCCACGCUGAAGCGAAUCUCGGUCCUGUUCAACGCCCAUGACCUGACGCCCUGGCAGCUCUUCGACCCCUGUUCCCGGCUCCUGCAGCGCGCGGUGGACACGGGCGAGGUGCCCCCGCAGGUCCUCGUCCCCGCCAUCACCUGCGUCCACUUCCACGUCCUCUGGGAGCUCUCGCACCUCCCCAGCGCCGACAUCCCGCAGGAGCAGCUGCGCGGCCUCAAGAACCACGUGACCACCGUGUCCUCGCUGUGCCAGAGCUGCCUGACCGCCGACCCCGGCGUCCGGGAGCAGGCGUUCGUGGUGCUGAGCGACCUGCUGCUGGUGUUCGGGCCGCAGCUGGCGCAGGACGGGCGGGCGGCGCUGGCGCCGCUGCUGCUGCCGCCCAACGCGGAGCUGCAGUCCCAACUGGCCGCUUUCCUCAUGGACCACGUCUUCCAACACGAGCCCUCGCCCACCGAGGACGGCGAGAGCCGCAUCGAGGAGCUGCACCAGCGCCGCGUUCUCCUCGCCGGCUUCUGUAAACUCAUCAUCUACAACGUGCUGGAGCUCAGCGCCGCCUCCGACGUCUUCAAGCACUACGGGAAGUUUUAUGGCGACUACGGCGACAUCAUCAAGGAGACGCUGAACCUGACGCGGCAGAUGGACCGGCAGGAGUGGGCGCGCACGCUGCUGCUCAGCCUGAAGCAGCUGAUGUCGGAGCUGCUGCUGCAAACGGGCCCCGAGAUCCACGAGGGACCGUCGUUCCUGGAGAUCCGGGACCUGGCGCGACGCUUCUCCCUCCUCUUCAGCCUCCACCAGCUCCGCAACCGCCCGGCGCUGCUCGGCCUGCAC